CCUGCCGCUACCUGGUGACACCUGCCUGCCUUCCGGCCACACCAGAAGGGCCUUCCCUUCCCUGCGGCGCUCCGCCGAGAGACCUUCCCAGAUCCAAGCGCCCCACGUCUCGUCCCCUGUUGAGCCAGCCUGCUGGCAUGGUUUGCUGGCAUUCAGGCACCUGUCUCUCUUCAACCUUGGCCAGCUGGCUGCUGUUGCUGCUGGCCCCGCUCCUUCCUGCUCUUCCUUCACCUCCCCUGGCUGUACAUGUGGGGGAUCCUCUUUCUCUCCCUGUGCCGUUCUCCUUACCCUCUGUACAGAUUCAAACCACUAUUAUCUGGAGGAAGGAUGUGACCAUCCUGGCAAUGGGAUCCUUGCGUCCCAAUUUCACCGUCGUGGUAGCCCCCCGUUUCCAUCCUCGGUUCAGCGUGGACCCCGUGCGUGGGAACCUCAACAUCACUGAAGUGACAACCUCCGAUUCUGGCAUCUACACAGUGGAGGUCUUCCCGCUGGGCAGUUCCGUACAAAAGGAGAACAUCACUAUUAGAGUGUAUGAGGAUGUGGGCAAAGUCUCUGUGUCCCCACCAUCUGCGGAAGUGAUGGAAGGAGGCAUCUCAGUGGCCCUGAAUUGCAGUCCAGUCCGAGGCUCUGUCUCCUGGACCAAGAAUGGGCAGAGUCUGGUUGAAGAUCACCGAUACCUGCGCUCGGCUGGCUACUUGGAAAUCAAAGACCCACGACGUACAGAUGCUGGUGUCUACCGUUGUACCGUUUCCAACCCUUUUGGGAAUGGGACCGGCACAGCUAACCUUACGGUCUACUAUGGGCCAGAGACCCCAACAAUCACCAUCUCGUCAUCAGACCGGGACUCCGAUGCCGGCAGUUUUGUCCUAGUGAACAGUACUGUGAACUUAACGUGUCUGGCACCAUCGGAGCCUCCAGCAAAGAUCUACUGGAAUGUGGCAGAUGCUGAGGACCUCUUCGUGCCCUCCUUUCCCAUUCUACAGCUCCCUAGAGUGCAACUGAAUCAGGCCGGGCCGUAUUCCUGCCUGGCCAUCAACCAACACACCCAACAGCGUGUUCGAAACACUCGCCGUCUCAACGUUGCCCAAAGGCCCUCUGGGUCUCCCCACUGUUCCAUGACUUCAGCAGAAAAUGGAACCGCUUUGCUUUUCACCUGUUCCUGGCCUGGAGGAUCACCUGCGCCCCAGCUAAGCUACCGAGGGCUCCCAGGACACACGAAAGAAGCCAAUGCCUCCAGUUUGCAGCAGCUGCUGGUCUUUCCCCUUCCAACUGGGCUCAGUGGCAACAAGGUCACCUGCCUGGGACGCCACUUGGCUGGGCAGGCCAACUGCAGCAUGAUUCCAGAAGCCCCCUCGGGGGUCUCACUCUCGUUCCAGACAUCCGGCGACAUGGAAGGGCCAGUUUCUGUGCAGUUGCAUUGCCGGGGUACCUUCAACCCCGUGGAGAUUGACUGGUUUCGGGACCAUCGUUUGCCGAUUCCCUCCGGAGGUCAUUAUCACCUGAGCCCCGAUAGAACACAACUCACCAUCUGGAACUUCACUGCUCCGAAGGACCUGGGAGAUUACAGUGCCAUCUGCUCCAAUCCACUGGGAUCCCAGCACUCCAACCUCACCAUCCUCGGCCCUUCCAUCACCAACUGGACUCUGUCUUCUGGGCCCCAUCCUGGUUCUGCCUACCUGUCCUGGAUGAUUCCAAAUGGAUCUGUGGUGACCAGCUUCUGGAUCCAGAUGCAGGGCCCUAAGCAGUACCGUUCUGCUGAGGAAUGGAAGACAGUGGAAGUCCUGGGGGCUACCAACCGAUCCACCACUAUUACGGGACUGCAACCCCAAACUCCGUAUUCCUUCCAAGUUGUGCCUCAUUUGGGAUCCCAAGCUGGGAAUGCCUCUUCUGUUCAAAUCCUCCAGCCAGAGCGAAGUCUGAGUGCUGGUGCCAUUGCUGGGAUUGUGAUUGGCUCCAUCUUUGGGAUGCUUCUAAUCGCACUCCUGAUCUUCCUGAUCUGGCUGAUCUGCCACCGGAAAGCAAAUAAGAAGAAUGUUCCCCCAGUACCCCGACAACACUACCUUUCACGCCAGUUCCCAAACGGUAACAAGCUGGAGCCAAGUGACCUCUCUUGGGGCAAUCCUCGUUGGUCAUCAGGAGACUCGGACAUCUACGCCAUCACCUAUGAGGAACACCUGCGCAAAUAUGGCGCUCCGUCCACCUUGCCGGUGACUUCCAGGGACAGCAUUUUUCCUUCCCCCCCUGUGAAACCUCGCCCCAAGACUGUGCGCAGUGCUACCCAGGUUUGACAUUGUGAAGACCCAUCUUGUGACUUUGACUCAAGAGCAACCUGUAUGCCCAUCAUGGCCAUCAAUAUGGCACCUGGGGGUCUGGCCCACAGCGUCUUCAUCAAUAAUGAGACUGGGCCUUGGGUGCAGGAACCAGCGUUCUGACUUCCAGGCAUAAUCAUGGGAACUGAGCAUUCAAGGGGGGGGGACACAGCUGUUUUGAGCAGCACACCAGUUAACCCAGGUAAGGGGAGAGUUGGAGGGGACCCAGGCGGAUGGAAUUUUGUGUAGCUUGAAUAUGGAGGAUUAUUUCUGGGAUCUCUUGGAACAGAGUGCCCUACAAAGCAACCUGAGUUGAAGGCACAUACCGGAUCAAGCUGCUGAGGGCAAAACAGUAUAAAACAACCCAACCCAAACUCGCCUGGUAGCAGAAGAGGAGAGCACCGAUGCUGUACAAGAAGCAUUUGGGAUGGAAGCCGAUCGAGGCUGAGUCUUUGAGCAGAGCCUUUGAGUGGCUGGAUUAAAAUCUGCCUU